AUGUUUUGCAAACUUACUUCUAGCAGUAAGCCCUUGCUCCACGCAUCAAGGACAAUCCCAGCAUUAGCCCGGCACCAUUACGCGAGCGUGGCCGAACCCGAGAAGAUUUUCUCAGGACUCAAGUCUGACGCCUAUACGACGCUAGGGGUGGACGAGCGCAGCAGCGCGGACGAGAUCAAGGCAAGGUACUACAAGCUCUGCCGUGAACUGCACCCGGACACAAUCAGGCAAACAACAGCAGAAUCAGCCCUGCCAAAGUCCCUGGGUAUCGGUGAUACGCAGUGGAAAACGCUAGGCUUUGACGAGCGGAAAACUGCAUUGCGCGACCGGUUUGUCAAGGUACAGGCCGCCUACGAAGUGCUGUCCGACGCUGAGCUGAGGCACAAGUACAAUAUGUACCGGAGGCGCAGGCAGAGCUAUAUAGAUGAUGCGCAGAAAGGUUCUUAUGACGUCUGGGGCCAAGAGCGGCCCCCGGCAUACCAUGAUGGGAGACAAAAGACUGAGGAGGAGAGAAGGAAUGAGAAACGCAUUAUGCUGGGCAUUCUGGGGUUUACCGGUGUGUUGGCUGUUAUAAUGUGGUAUCAGGAGCUGGUAAAACAUGAGGAUGUGCUGCGCAUCAGCGGCAUGGAGCACCUGCGGUCGAUGCGUAUGAUGUCGGAUGCACGCGAGCGGGCCAAGGAGAGAUGGCGCGAGGUGCCGCCGGACCACGCCAUGGAGUAUGAGGCGAGAAGACUGCAGAACAGUAGCCGAUCCGGAAUUAAUGGCGGCGAUGGGGUAGCAACGGGCGAGUAUCAUAAGAUAUGGCCGCAUGGAGCGGGGCUCGGACUGAUGGCCCUGCUGGAGGACAAUCAGCUCUGCGGCGUGGAGUCACGGAAGAGGGCUGGCGCUGACCCCGAAGUUCUGUCGACACGCCAGGCUGCUCGGCACGCUUUGGAGGAUGACAGUAUCGUGCACAAGUACAUGGCUCUGCCUCCGCCCUCAGAGAGUCCUGUACCGGUUUUCGACUCUGCUGCCCGUCGUUCGGCGGACCCUUAA